UUGUUAUAAGUGAAUAUAAAUUAAUUAAUACGGUAAAAUAAAUUAUGAAUUACUGUUAUAAUAAACAAAUCAGAUAUAACUUCGGUUCCGCAACCGAUGCUUUAAAUGCGGUACAUAAACAAUGCCCAGCAUGCUCAGAAACUAACUCGAUGAAUUUAUUGACAUCGAUUGCUGUUCAUUUGCCCAAGCUAAGUGAGCUUGAUAAAUUGGAUAACCUUGAAAAGUCAGCACAAGAGUUACAUGAAAAAGUGGAUGAUAUUAUUUCUAAGCAGGCUGCAUUGGAUGCUAAAUUUAUCAGUUUGGAGAAAAGAGUGAGUGAGCUUGAAAAUAAGGGAUUUUCAGGUGGCUCAAAAAAGGAAGCUGAGAAGGUUUCAAGGGCAGCCGAUAUUUUGCUCAAUUGCAAUUUUGAACAACGGGCCUUACAAAUUGAGGCACAAGCUCUUGUGGAUGAGAUUUCAAUAUCUGGUUUAGAAGAAGUAGGGGAGGAAAAUCUCAAGGAAGUUGUAAAAAAUUUAUUUGACGUCCUUGACGUUCCUCGGGAUGAUCUCGGAGUCAAAUAUGUAAAAAGAAUUGGCAAAGUAGCUGAAUCUAGGACCAGGAAUGCUAGGCAAAAACGGAGGGAUGUGCUGAUAAAGUUUGACUGUAAAGAAGCUGUUGAUGUAAUGAUCAAGAAGUCCAGAGAUAUUGUUAUUAAAAAUAAUGAUUUGAUAGCCAAGGAAAAUAUCUCGCAGGACCCUGUGCGUCUUCAUCGCCGUCAUCCGCCUGGUUUAUAUAAAUUUCGGUUGCAGUUAUUAAAGGACUAUCCUAAGCUACUUGCAAAUAAUGUGUGGAUUGCCGCAGCCUCAGUGUUCGUCAGAAUAGAUUCCGAGAAACCGCCGCUAAAAUUAUUGCCGUCUAAUGGGAUAGAGGAGCUUAAAAAGCACAUUCGUUCACGUCAAUAACUUUCAUCCACUUCAUCAUCAUUAUCGCUUGCUCAGGAACGAGUGAGUCAAUCAACUACCUCUGCUCAAGUUCCUCUCAGUGUCUGUCACGUUACUAUUCGUUCAUUAAACUGCAACUUCAUUUUGUUUAGAGAAUUUUUUAGGACGCAUACUUUUGAUGUUAUUGCUGUUAGCGAAACAUGGUUAAACGCAAAUAUGUCAGAUGCUCAAUUUCAUAUUCCGUCAUUUACAUUGCACAGGAAUGAUCGGUAUCAAAGGAGUGGGGGAGGUGUUGUGUUGUACGUCAGAGACUCGCUUUCGUCGAAAUUUAUCAUCAGUUCUGACUAUAUUCCUGGUCACCCGGAAUAUUUGCUUAUUGAAAUCUGGCACUCGACGAGACAAAAAAUUUUAGUGGGAGUAGUAUAUAAUCCGCCUACUUCUUCAUCGUUAAAUCUAUUGGAGGCUGAUAUGGAUGACGUUAUGUCACAUUACAAUCACGUUAUUCUUCUUGGGGAUUUUAAUAUUAAUAUGCAAGUCGCUAACUCAAGAUCGGAUCUCCUACUAGAAUUCUAUGGAAGUCUCGGUAUGCAUCUGGUCAACUUCGAAGCUACUCAUCAUUCAGCUGAUAGUCACUCCUGGAUUGAUCACUGCUUGUGCGUGGGCGUAAAAAGAUCUGGUGCAGGAGUUGGAACCAUAUUGAUGACACCUGUCUGCGAAAUAUCUGCGACAACUUAGAUCUGUCACACGUUGAGCAUUCUGAGUCAGUUGACGAAAUGAAUAACUUGCUUCAUCAACACAUUCGUCAAGUGAUUGAAGCAGUAGCGCCUUUGAGAGAAGUUGAAGUUCGUGAUCAACCUGCACCCUGGGUGACUCAAGAAGUUAACCCUUGUGGAAAUAAUUUGCUGAAAAAUCUCUUAGAAAGUUUUCAAAACUCUGCAGAAGACAUUUUGAAAGUCUUGCCGUCCUUAA